UGUAAACCACAAGCGUAUGUCUCUGGAUGGACCCUGUCAUGGGAUAGCCAUGUUUUGUCCUCAUGACAACUAUGUCACUCAGCCCUCUCUGCAGUGACCCCUGCACAGCAAGGGAUGCUGGGAAAUAACAAGCCCUUUUAUCCCAGUCAGGAUGGCAAAGAUGGGGAGGAUGAGGAGGAGGAAGAGGAGCUGGCUGGAGAGAAGAGCGAGGAAGGUGGCUGUGACCCGGAGAACGGAGGGCUGAAGGACGACAGGGAUAUGCUGAGAGGAAGGUCUUGGGACCUUAAAGGUGGAGAGGUGACCAAACCGGCCGCCAUAGUGGUUGGUAGACAGAGAGCUGACCGAGCACAGAGGCCUGGUAACCAGGGAAACCGAGGUUACACAUCCAGUCAGUUCCCUCAUCUGCCAACCAAUAAGCAUCUACCAAAUGUUUUCAACCAACACCACUCUGGGCUAAAUGCUGUGCAGAAGAGAAGGGCCCUAAUGGAACGCAGCAUGACCUCAGUGGCCCCCAUGGAAGAGUCCUACCCCACCAUGAUGGUGUUUCGGAUCGGCAUCCCAGACAUCAAACAAACAAGGUGUCUCCAGUUUGACCAGGACUGCACUGUGUGGAACGCCAAACAGCAGAUCAUCUGCUCCCUCAGUGAGUCUCUGUGGGACGUCUACAACUAUGGCCUGUUUCAGCCAGCCGGAGAGGGGCGGGACGCACGCUUUUUGGAGGAGGAGCGGCCCCUGAGCCACUAUGCCCAGACCUUCGAGAAGGGGGUGCCCUACCUUGAGUUUCGGUACAAAACCAGAGUGUACAAACAGACCAAUCUGGAUGAAAAAGCUCUCGCCAAGCUCUCCACAAAGGCAAGUCUCAAGAAAUUUCUUGAUUACAUUCAAACUGGAGCAGUGGAGAAACUAGCUAAAGUCCUUGAAAAAGGGCUUGACCCAAAUUUCCAUGAUCCUGACAGCGGAGAGACGCCCCUUUCCGUGGCCAUGCAGACUGGUCUGUCUGUAGAGGGGGUGAGGGUGCUGCUGCACGGGGGAGCACAUCUAGACUUUAGAACCAGAGAUGGGCUGACUCCGGUGCAUAAGGCGGUCAGAGCUCACAAUCACACUGGACUCCUGGCUCUCCUGUCUCUGGGCGCCUCUCCGGACUACAAGGACCGCUGUGGCCUGACCCCGCUGUACCAUACUGUUCUGACAGGGGGAGACACCUCUUGCUGCGAGACCCUACUCUACUACAGGGCAAAACUGGGCACAAGAGAUGAGAAUGGAUGGGACGAAACGCACCAGCACAGGGAUGAAGAGGAGUUUGGAAUGGAAGAAAUACAUAAGGCUUGUCAGAAUGGCUUUGCCCAGCACUUGGAGCAUCUGCUGUUUUAUGGGGCAGACACCACUUCUCAAAAUGCCUCAGGGAACACAGCUCUUCACAUCUCAGCCCUCUACAAUAAGGAGAGCUGUGUGCGUGUUCUUCUGUACAGGGGAGCCAAUAAGGAUGCCAAAAACAAGCAUGGACACACACCUUUUCAGUUGGCAGUUAUGUCUGGACACUUUGAACUCGGGGAACUCAUCAAAAACCAUAAGGACACAGAUGUAGUACCAUUUCUGGAGUCACCUAAGUAUGUUCCCAAACGCAGAGAGAGCUCCUACACCCUCUCUCUGCCAGGACUACACAACCACCCCCUACUGCGAGCCAACAGUGACAACACUAUGACCCAGCCAGACCCUUCACACCCAUCAAACAAGCCCCCCAACAAUCCCACGCCUGCACAGGGUCAGCGCAGAGCAUCAGUGAGUAUGAGGAGCUCCAGCAGUCCUAGGACCAGACACAGGUCCCCAUCCCGAGGGAGAGGGGGACAGAGUGAUACGGAGGAGAGGCACAGACAGCCACGGGGGAGACAGGGUGCGCCAUCAGCAGGCAGUGGGGGAGGUCAGGUGAAGCGUAUGUACAGCGCAGUACCAGGGCGCGUGUAUGUGGCUACCAAGUCCUACUCUGCCAGUGGAGACCGAGAGCUGUCGGUCAGCAAAGGAGACAAAGUUAAAGUGUUGAGCGUAGGUGAGGGCGGGUUCUGGGAGGGCACUGUGAAAGGUCGCACCGGAUGGUUUCCCUCGGACUGCGUGGAGGAAGUGGCAGCUCUCGGCAAGGACAAUCGAUCAGAGACACGCAGCGAGAAAGCAAAGAGGAAGCUCUUCCGUAACGUCACUGUGGGAGCCUAUGAUGGCACUGAUGGGCCCAGUGACUACAUCAUUAAGGAGAAGACAGUGCUGCUACAGAAGAAAGACAAUGAGGGGUUUGGCUUUGUGCUGCGAGGUGCCAAGGCCCAGACUCCCAUAGAGGAGUUCACCCCCACGCCAGCCUUCCCCGCGCUUCAGUACCUGGAAUCUGUCGAUGAGGGGGGCGUGGCCUGGAGGGCCGGCCUCAGGAUGGGGGAUUUCCUCAUCGAGGUGAAUGGGCAGAAUGUGGUCAAGGUCGGUCACAGGCAGGUGGUCAACAUGAUCCGACAAGGGGGCAACAGCCUGAUGGUGAAGGUCGUCAUGGUGGCGCGAAACCCAGAGCUCGAGGACACCACCAGGAAGAGAGCCCCACAGCAGACUAAGAGACUGACCCCUCCUGCCAUCGCCCUGCGCUCCAAGUCCAUGACAUCAGAGCUGGAAGAGAUGGUGGACAAAGCUGCCUCUCCAUGGAAAAAGAAAGCAGAGUAUGAACCAUCCCAGGGCCCAGAUAAGAAAAGGACAGUCUAUCAGAUGGCACUGAAUAAACUGGACGAAAUCUUGGCUGCUGCCCAACACACGAUUACACCGGAGAGCCAGGGACAGAGGGGUCAUGGGGGCAAGAGGGACAGGGGCAAGAAUAUUGCUCCCAACACACCCAACGAGCCAGUUUAUGAUCAGCAGUCUUCAAUGAGUAUGAUGCAGUCUGGACCUGGUUAUGGCUAUAACCAAGCUUACUACCAGCCAGGUCAGGGACCUCAACAUGCAGUUAUGAUGCGACAAAAAUCCAUCGGUGCAAUGGAGGAGGAGCGGGGAUUUCUCCACCCACCUGCUAUGAAGCUGUCCCGGAGCCUCUCAGUCCCAGGGCCUGAGGAAAUCCCUCCACCCCCAAACACAUCUGCCCCAGAGCCACCCCUAUCUGCAGGCCCUUAUACUGGUAGAGGCCCUGCCAUGCCCAUACCCCCUGUCUCCCAACCUCACUACCAACACCAUCCCCAGGUAGGACAUCCCUCUCAAGCAGGCUGGGACAGAGCAGGAUCAGGGGGCAUGGUUCCCACCCUUCGUCGACAAUCGGAAGGACUUGUCCGAGAGCAAGAAGCACCAAAAAGAGGCGGUGGGAAAAUGGGCGGGUUGAGACGAGGAUAUAGUAGUGCUACACCACCAACAAGUGCUAAACCUAAACCGCAACCAGUGCCACAGCACCCACAAAUGGGCAACAGAGAACAACCUGGGGCAGCGGGGAGAGGUGGAGCCAGGAGAGGGGGACGCGGUGCUCUGAUGAAACAAUCAAAAGUGGAAGAUGGCAUCCGACAGCAUAGAGCUAAAGGUGGGGCUCCUAAAGAGAAGAGUUCUAUUCCAAUACCUACUAUCAUCGUAAAAGCUCCAUCCACAAGCAGCAGUGGGCGCAGCAGUCAGGGGAGCAGCAUGGAGGCAGAGCAGUCUCAGGAUGCGGAAGAACCCCCCUCUCCCUCUGCAGACAACUCAGCAGACAGUCCCAACAACAGCCUGCCUCAGCCGCUCACCACAGCACCCCAACCACCAACAUCCACAUCAACACCUUCAUCAACUGCCCCUAUUGUUACAUCCCAACAAAAUGUGGAAAACCUAGACUACACAUCUUCUAUGGGAACAUCAUAUGGAGGCUUGGGGAGUGGUAGAGGGGGUGACGGUGUAGGAGCGCGGAAAGAACGGGAACGAUUUCGAGACAUGAGGAGAAAAAGUGCUUCUUUUUUCCUGUCAUCAGAGGAGGAUAUCCAAGGAGAGGCUGGUGGAGGUGAUCUAGGUGGACAGUAUGGGAGCAGGAUUCAGCCUUUACACGGCUCUCAAAUGGAUGUGCCUAUGCCUCGAUUAAGGCCUUCAAAGUCUAUUGAUGAGGGCAUGUUUUCUGGAGAUAACUAUGUCAACUACUCCAGCAGUAUGCCCCCUGCUUUUGGUUUACCGGAGUAUUCCUCACCGAUUCUCAGUCACGAUGGCCAGCCCAAGUCAGCUCCCUCAAUGUAUGGCCACCAGCCUACUACUACGUUUAUCCAUCCACUGACUGGGAAAGUAUUGGACCCUUCAUCACCACUUGGUCUAGCCUUAGCAGCAAGAGAAAGGGCCUUGAAGGAUGACCGUAGAACACGGCGUGAUGAUAGAUAUUUUGGUCGUCAAAUGUCUACCGUUGGAUCGUUUCCCACCCCUAUUCAAACCCCAACUCCUUCACUUUUUGCGACCCCUACCCAAUCAACAUAUACUUCUCCAGUUUCAAUGCAUCUAACGUCACCUACUGCCACCACCUCACCGGCAUCGCUCAGCCGGCCCCAGUCCCCGAGGAUAUUGCGUUUGGGUGGUGGAGAAAGGGUAGAGAGAGAGAAGGAAGGAGGACCACGAGAGGGUCUCAGAGUUCGCUUCUCGGAGGACAGAACCAGUCAGUAUUCACCGCAGUAUUACCCUAGCUCAAAAGAGAAAGAGGUGUACAACAACAGGCCUGUAUCAAUGGUGCAGCCACCGCCGCCGCCAAGUCAACCAGCUCCAUGCAGACCCUCAUUUCUUCAAUUUGACAGUUCUCACACGGGCUACAUUCCUCAAUACACUGUCCCUUCAGCCCCAUCACAUGAAAGUGCGGGCAGGGGAGUGGUAGGACAGUCCCAAGAAGGUCUAGGACUUAUGGUUCUCCCUCCACCUGCUCCUUCAAUAGAUGCAGAAGAUGAGUUUGUCUUUGUUGACCCGUUACCCCCGCCACUUCAGUUUGCCAAUGGUAAACAUGAGAGGGGUAUACCGCAUCAUGUUCAAAACGCCGCUGGUGUACCUCAUCCACCUCCACCUGCCAAAAAUACCUCUCAGACCACUUCACAAGGGGACUCAGCCACGUCCAGUUUAACCUCGUAUGACAGCGAAGUGGCCAACCUCACACAGUCCGCCCUGUCACCGUCUUACCCUUCACCUCAGAUAUUUCCACCUACAACCACAGCUGCUACAAGCUCUGCUGCUCCAACAUCAGUGCACAGGCCACAGCCCAUGUCCCAGUCCCUGCCUUAUUAUAGUAGCUCCAAUGACCCAUCUGUGAGUGAACAAAGCCUGCCUCCAGACAGAGGUACUGCUGCUCUCACCACUACUAUGACAUACGCAACUACCACUAUGACUGCAACUACAGCAGCCACUACUACUACAACCUCCCCUACCACCACUGAGUACAGCAUGACAGGGCCCAAAGCUAGCAUUGCCCCAGGAGGUAAAGCUGCUGACCAUCCGCAUCAUCCCAACACAAUUCAUAAGAGUGGAGAGUGGCAGGAUGCAGUGGUGGACUCUGGUAUAGAAGAGCUGGACAGUCACAGCAGUAGUGACCAUCAUUUGGAGAUGCUGGGUUUGUCUGGACUAAGGGGUGACAGAGGAGGGACAGCAGGAGAAACAGAAAAGGUUUCUGAGAACCAGGAUCUUUGCACAGCCUACUCAGGUGGGCAAACAUUUGAUGUACUCAGUGCUAAACUGGCAAAUCCUGCAUUUCCAAAGAUGACUCAUUACAAAGAAGGGGGAGGGAGGGGUCCCUCGGUUGCACUUCGGCGACAGAAUAGUACCAAUCCUGCUCCACUGCAGCUGCACAGACAAGUCAAUCCUGAAGAUCCUAGGUUUGAUGGAGUUUUCCCAGAUGCAAGAGGAAAACAAGGCAGAUCCAAAAUGGAGGAUGGCUUUAGUACCGCUUUGGCAGCAUGUUUAGAGAGGCCCAUGGAUACUCGGCAGGUGAGCUGGGUCGAUCUGGAGGAGCAUGAACAGGGAAGGAUCCCAAGAGGGGCCAUGGCCAUGGAUGGCCGUAGGCUACACUCACCUCUGUCUGGGGUGAAGGCUAACAUCAUCAAUGAGCUCAGCUCCAAGCUGCAGCAGAUGAGCGGAAUGAAGAGCAUGGACGACUGGAGUCAGUCUCCCAAAUCACCCACCAUGAACAGGUAUUCUGCAGAUUUCUCUGAUGCCUUUCACAGUCCUCCGAUUGGUCGCUCCACAUCACCUUUACCAACCUCUUCACCACAGCACCGUCAGAUUCUCGCCCCUAACCUGGCUGCCUCCCCCUCUGUCUCCCCCACACCUCAUGUACCAGUGCAGCGGAACUGGACCCGCUCUCCAUCCCCACAGAUGCCCACAUCCCCAGUUCACUCUCACCCUCCACAUUCUCCAACAUACUGUCCGUAUCCCACAUCACCAAAGCAUCGCUCCAAAAUGCGCAGGCAGACUUUUGACUUCCAGUGCAGCCCCACAAAGGAGAUGCGGUCAUCAGUUUCUCGCCGUCGGGCCCCUAGUCCUCUUAUCUACAACACAGAACAGCAAAACCCUGCUCCACCUAGGCCCUCUUCACUCCCCAUACUUCCCAGCACACCCGUUUACACUGGCCCCUUUGACUUUCCUGGCCCACUCACCCCACCCUCCCCCGGCCUCCCACUUGGAGACCCCUACCAGGCCUCAACACCACCACUGUACUCACCAUCAGGGAUGCAGAGUCCAAACCCGCUGCUAGUUUCUCGCUCCUUAUCUCCCACUCACUUUCUCUCUGGGGCAUCUUCCCCUCUGCACCUGCCCCCCAGCCCAUCAUGCCUCAACUUUCCCCACCUCACCCCACCACCACCAGCCAAACCCUUUGCUGUGAAACCCCUGCCCUACUGGACCAAGUACGACGUAGCGGACUGGCUGACGUACCUGAACCUGGGUGAACAUAGGGAGCGUUUUAUAGACAAUGAGAUUGAUGGAUCACAUCUACCUUCACUAACAAAAGACGACUUCUUGGACCUGGGGGUGACGAGAGUAGGCCACCGCAUGAACAUCGAGCGGGCACUGAAGAAGCUCACAGACAGGGUACCCAGUUCUCCCAUGCAUGUCACUACUUCUCCCCAAGACACAGACUGAGGGGGGACCUUUAAGAUGAAUCAAAGGGAAUUAUUAUUAUGAACAGAGGCAUACAAAGGAUGUACCAGAGAAGAAAAGUGGACUUCAACAGGACAAAGGGCUGCUAAUAUGCCAUACACCGAUAAUGCAGUGAUAUAUUUUGAGAUAUGAAAAUUGUGUCAAAUGGAAGAAAUACUUGGACACCAUUUUGUGCUAUCAAAAUAAACUUAUACAUACACUUCUGUAUUCACAUCUACUAACAGAUGGACUGUCACACCAUCUGCUGUAAGAAAACUCUCAUCAUAGUUCAAGAAAGAGUCAAAAAGUUGCUGCUCGAAAUCCAUCACUGACUCUCAACUUAUUUGGCCACAAACUGUUGUGAAACAAUGCGUUUUACAUCAAACAUCUGUUCUGUAGCUUUAAGCACAUCUGAGAUUCAAAUGGCUGUAAGCAAUGGAUUCAUGGUUAAAAUAUGACAACAAAGAUUCUGUUUGUAAAUGGUGGCUAAAAUGUUAAAAGAAUCAUAGUAUUAUUCAUUAUACGCAAAUUGCCCAAAUUAAUGCUCCGGCUAUUUAUGUGCGUCUUUUGCCUUAGUAUAUCUAUGUUCAAUGGUAUCCACAAGCCACUUGUUUGUACUGUGCUGAUUGCAGUCUCUGGUCAGGGUAUUUUUUACAGUGUAUGUAUAGAAUUCACAAAGUCAGCAUUAGAAAAUAACUAUAUUUUCUACAUACAAUCAUGAGAAAGCAAACUGAAAGUGGAAUUAUGUGCACAUUACUUCAAGAGUAAGUUUGGCCAUAGCACUGGCUGAGAAAUCUCUGAUGCCAUAACAUGGAGUGCUGUGAGUUCACAGCAGGUGCAGUGAUCAUAAAAGGGCUUUCUUCUGCUUCUUCUGUCUGACCGACUUCCUCACUCUCUGUGUCUGACGCUGUGUCUGCCUCAGUGGCCAAAUGCUUUACUCAACUUACAUUAUUUGUAACGCCUUUGAUGAAACAUGUAAAUGAUGGUCCAAAAACAUAAUUUCCCUCCAAAAUAAUCCUUAUACCUCACACUUUUGCCCAGAGUAAAUACAUCCUUUUUCUAUAUCCCAGUUUUGGAAGAGAUACAUUAAAGAAUUACAUGUAAACAUUAGCUAUUUGUCACUGGCUUCAAAUAUGAGGCAAGAACCCAUCAUUUAUAGAUCUACAGUAUAUUUAUUCAUGCUGACAAUUACAACAUAAUUAUCAUAGUAUAUUAUAAUGACUAUAUUAAGUACGUACAACUUUUUAAGAAUCUUUGUCUUCCAAUAUGUGUGGACAAAUUCUCUUAAGAUACUUUUUUUGUUUAUUUCUUUUUUUUUUUUUUCUUUUUUCCAAAUGCUUUCUAUACUGCUCGAACUGUGGUAACUCUGAUGUGUUCCAUAAUGCAUCUGCCUCAACAUGACUCUGAGUGAAUGGACACUACCCUGGCACAAUAGGACUGAGCAGUAGUGUAGAAAGCAUUACAAACUAUGAUUUAGGUCUAGUGAAAUGCAUAAUGAAUGCAACUACAAACAAUAUGACCAUAAGUAUGCAGAGAUUAAAGUAUAUAAAUAAAUGAAUAUAUAAAGUUUUGUUUUAUUAAAAUACAGUAUAUAUAAUGAUGAAUAUUAUGA